GAUUUCCAGUCUGACUUGUUCACUGCUGGUGAGUACCUAGUAGGUGUUUCCAUCAAGCUGUUGGAUGUAACCCCAACAUCUCUUUCUUGUGAAGUAGGAAUGAAGAGCCUGUUGUAUAUUUCUGAGUGGCCUUGAUCCUACAACCAUCAGUAUGAAAUUCAGCACCUCUCUUUGAUCACAUAAAGCCUAUAGUUCUUGCCUUUACUGUCACACUUUACAGGCAAUUAAGAAAAUUUUGCAAGUGUUUAGCUAAGUUAAAAGAUAAUACUGGAUAAGUAGCAAAUUGAGAAUUUUUCUCUGGAAAAGAAAGAUCAGUCCUCAGCCUGGUAUGAUUUUUUUGGUAGUUAUUGCAAAUGCACUUUAUUUUGCUUUUUUAAUAAAUUUCUCUAAAUUUUGUGUCUAUAUGUGUGAAUGUUUCAGGAAAUGCUUCAAGGACCAUCAGAAGAUGUGUUUGCAAAGAUGGAAAGUUCAGUUGAAGACAUGGAUACCUCCGAUACGCAGUGGGGCUGGUUUUAUUUGGCAGAGUGUGGUAAAUGGCAUAUGUUUCAGACUGACUCAAACAGUCACUGCUCUAUCAGCAGUGAAGAUAUUGAAAGGAGUUUCCGAGCAGACCCCCGUGGAUCUCUGUCUUUUACCACUGCAAAGUUUAACUACACACUGGACUUUUCAGUGAUGAAACAAAUCAACCUAACUACCCUUAAACAACGUCCAAUAAAGCGAGCUCCCUUUGCAAUCAAUUCAUUCAGUUUCAUCUGUGAAAAUGAGGCUAUCCCUAUGCCUUCCCACUGGGAGAAUGUAAAUACUGAGGAGCCAUACCAGCUUAUUCCAUUGCAAAAGAAAACAAAUGAAUAUAAUGAAGUUUCUAGUCUCUUUGGAAAAACAAUGGAUAGCCACCGAAUUAAAAGAAUUAAGAGAAUACAAAAUCUAGACUUGUGGGAGUUUUUUUGCAGGAAAAAAGCUCAGCUGAAGAAGAAAAGGGGUGUCCCAACAAUUAAUGAGCAGAUGCUGUUUCAUGGCACCAGUAAUGAAUUUGUAGAAGCAAUAUGUAUUCAUAACUUUGACUGGAGAAUAAAUGGGAUGCAUGCUGCUGUGUAUGGAAAAGGGACCUAUUUUGCAAGAGAUGCAUCAUAUUCCAGCCAUUUCUGCAAAGAGAGCAUGAAGCAUGGAGAUACUUUCCAGAUUCAUGGUGUGAACCUGCAGCCUCAUCUGCACAGACCAGAUAAAGUCAUGUUUCUUGCUCGUGUAUUAACUGGUGACUAUAUCGGUGGUGAUUCAAAAUACAUGAGACCUCCUUCAAAAGAUGGAAGCUUUGUGAACUUGUAUGACAGCUGCGUGGAUAAUACCUGGAACCCAAAGAUCUUUGUCAUCUUCGAUGCCAACCAAAUCUACCCUGAGUACUUAAUAGAAUUUUGUUAAGUUUGAACUGACUAUUGUUUGUGGUUUUUUGAAUACUUUUGUUCCUUUUGUAAAGACAGCAACAUAGAAACGAUGCAUGAAAGAGAGGUGAAAGAAAAGCUGGCAUACAUUUAUGGAGGAGGGAAGCUAUUACAUAUUUAAGAGAGACUGGUGAACUGUUUUUAAAAGUCUGUAAACUUUAUUAAUGCAUUUUUCAAAUGUAGAGACUAUUACAAAUCUGACGUUGCUUAGUGAGCCUUAAAUACAUUGAGCAUUGGUAAGUUUUCAAAGGCAAGAUUUAUGUUUUGAUUUUCUAAAGUAUAUUAAAAAUGGUUAGAAAUAUGCCUCUAAUAUGGUAUGCAUAUGAUGAAAUUAAUCUUUUAUAAAGAUUGCCUAUAAAACAAAGUAAGAAAAACAACAGCAAAACCCCAGGGGACAUGGCUACUUGUGUGUGUGUGU